AUGUUGUUGUUUUUGUUAGGUGUUGCAGCUUCCCUGGAAGUCUCAGAAAGCCCUGGGAGUAUCCAAGUGGCCAGGGGCCAGACAGCAGUACUGCCCUGUACCUUCACUACCAGCGCUGCCCUCAUUAACCUCAAUGUCAUUUGGAUGGUCAUCCCACUCUCCAAUGCUAACCAACCUGAACAGGUCAUUCUUUAUCAGGGUGGACAGAUGUUUGACGGUGCCCCUCGGUUCCAUGGUAGGGUAGGAUUUACAGGCACCAUGCCAGCCACCAAUGUCUCCAUCUUCAUUAAUAACACUCAGCUGUCAGACACAGGCACUUACCAGUGUUUGGUCAACAACCUGCCAGACAGAGGGGGCAGGAACAUCGGGGUCACUGGUCUUACAGUGUUAGUUCCCCCUUCAGCCCCACACUGCCAAAUCCAAGGAUCACAGGAUAUCGGCAGUGAUGUCAUUCUGCUCUGUAGCUCAGAAGAAGGCAUUCCUCGACCAACUUAUCUUUGGGAGAAGUUAGAUAAUACCCUCAAACUACCUCCAACAGCCACUCAGGACCAGGUCCAGGGAACAGUUACCAUCCGGAACAUUAGCACUCUGUCUUCAGGGCUGUACCAGUGUGUGGCCUCUAAUGCUAUCGGAACCAGUACCUGUCUUUUGGAUCUCCAGGUUAUUUCACCCCAGCCCAGGAGCAUUGGACUAAUAGCUGGAGCCAUUGGUACUGGUGCAGUUAUUACCAUUUUUUGCAUUGCACUAAUUUUAGGGGCAUUCUUUUACUGGAGAAGCAAAAAUAAAGAAGAGGAGGAAGAAGAGAUUCCUAAUGAAAUAAGAGAGGAUGAUCUUCCACCUAAAUGUUCUUCUGCCAAAGCAUUUCAUACAGAGAUAUCCUCCUCAGAAAACAACACAUUGACCUCUUCCAAUACCUACAACAGUCGGUACUGGAGCAACAAUCCAAAAGUUCAUAGAAACACAGAAUCUUUCACCCACUUCAGUGACUUGCGCCAGUCUUUCUCUCUGCACUCAGGCAAUGCCAAUAUACCAUCCAUCUAUGCCAAUGGGAACCAUCUGACGCCAGCUCCACAUAAGACUCUGGUAGUGACAGCUAACAAAGGCUCAUCACCACAGGUUGUGUCCAGGAGCAAUGGUUCUGUCAGCAGGAAGCCUCGACCUCAGCAAACACACUCCUCCACUGUCAGCCAAGCAACACUGGAGAGAAUUGGUGCUGUGCCUGUUAUGGUGCCAGCCCAAAGUCGGGCUGGGUCCCUGGUAUAGGACAGGAGGGGAGAUAGGAUUCAGGAAAGAAUAAAUGGAAUGCACCAUACACAGUGGGCUGGGCUUGGGUGAGUGCUGGGAAAGAAACACUUUCCUUAUCAUUGUAUUAGUACCAAGCACAAGAAGAAACAAUGGUACCUGGUCACUUAGGUUUUCAGAAGGGCCUAGACUGCUCCAACUUGAAGACUUCUUUUCCCACCAUAUAUUUCCUGGGAUGCUGUUCAAAAAGCUGGAUCUCAAAAAUGUGCCAAGCCAAGGACAAACAGGAUAACACUUAAUACCCAAACUGUAGUCCCUAUGGGCUUGUUCUUCAGUCCAUGCCUAACUUCAUGGUUUGGUUUUGUUUUCACUUUGAAGAGACUAGAAGUGCCAGAUAAAGUUUAAA